AUGAAUAAACAAGAAAGAGAAAAUGUUAAGUAACGUAUCGAAGAAAGAAUAUUUUAAAUCAAAUUAAAAAACACAUAACAUGUACUGAAGUAGUAAUUGGAAAAAAUGCCAAUUUUACAAAAAUAAUUGAAUAAGAAUAUGCAACCAAAUAUUUGGAGAGCUUAGGAAUUGAAGCUAAUCAAAAAAAUAUACUAGAUGAUCUUAAAGAAUUAUCCAUUGAAUAGAUGUGAAAUAACAGGCGGAUGGAAUACAUCUGGAUUAUAUGCAGAUACUAUUAACAUUGUAGUUAGAUAGAAGAAAAAGAAUAUCGAUAUACCUUAAGGAUAAAAAGAUAAGGAUGUAUUGGAUGAAGUUUAGAAGGAAUAGGAUCUGAAGAAAAUAACAAUUAAAAAAGAGUGA